GAUGCCUGUUGUCAAGCUGCUUGCGUCAAUGUGCCAUGUCCUAGUCAAACCCAGCCAAAGGCAACGACGGCUUGUGUAGAGCAGUGUCCACAAGGUACUGGUACCCAAAAUCUGAGACCGAACAGUACGCCGAUUGCCCGGCUUCUUGUGUUAGCCCGUACUUCUUAUUCUACCAGCACUAUUGGCUCCGGUGCGACAGCCAGCAGUGACUCUGUAGCUUCGACCUUGGGGGCAGGGGCCGACAGGCUUCACGUAGGCAAGAUCGGACUCGCAGUUUUUGGUCUGGUCAUUGCAGGCCUAGCUUUGUAG